AUGGAGCCGCUGGCGCAGCCAUGUGCAGUGACUGCACUCCCGGCUGCGUUGGCCUCGCCGGGCCGAGCACCGGCUGAGGGUCUGACUCCCAGCCACCUGCCGCUGGCCGAGCCCUGGAUGAACGGGCAGCCAGCCCCAGCAGGACCAAUGAUACCCUCACCAUCUGGCGUCGCUGGCGUCGGCAUGACACCUUCGCUUGAUGGCUUGGGCGUAGCAGGAGAUGUGGCGCAGAUGGAAAGGCGCAGGAGACAGGAAGAUAUGCGACGCGCUCUGGAGGAGCAGAUAGCGCAGAAGGAGCGCAUGACGCCGCAUGGGCCUGGUCUGCUCGGAUCACCGCUGCACCAACAGCCUGCAGGUGCCCAGGGCUUGCAAGGAGCUUUUCCAGGCCCAACAUCCCCAGCUGUACCAGCCAUGCGGGCCAUGCCAGCCAUGCCCGGGGUAGGUGCGGGCAGCCCAGUUUCCGGGCUUGAUGGUUUGGGAGCCGCCUCCGAAGCUGCGCAGCUCGACCGCCGAAGGAAGCAGGAAGAGAUGCGGCGCGCCUUAGAGGAGCAGAUGGCCCAGAAGGAACGCCUGGCACAUGCUCCACAUGCUCCGCAUGCUCCACAUGCGCCUAUGGCAGGCCCACAGAACCUUCCGGAUAGCCAGGCAUAUAAUGGUCACCCCGUCUCCAUGCAACCCAUGCAGCAAGCCAUGCCAGCAGGUAUGCCAGGCCAGGCAGGCAUACCAGGCGUGCCAGGUGUUCCAGGCCUGGCGAUGCACCCUGGCCUUCCGGCCGUUCCCUUGGCUGCUGGUCCAGGUCCAGCUGCAGGUCAGCCACAGGCGCUUGCAGGCGUGGAUGGGCUCGGUGCAGCAGGGGACGCUGUGCAGAUGGAAAGACGCAAGAAGCAAGAAGAGAUGAAGCGCGCCUUGGAGGAGCAGAUUGCAGAGAAGGAGCGACAAAAGCGUGACGCCCAGGCGAGGCGCCGCGCGUCUGAGGCCGGUCCAGGGGCUCAGGCCCCAUAUGCACCUGCUCAAGGUCUGCCACAGGGGCAUCAGGAUAACUACAUGGACUACAACCUCAUGCAGCCGCACAUAAUGCCUGGCAUGCAAGCUGGGUUGCAGCCUGCCAUGCAACCCGGUAUUCAGGCUGGAAUGCAGCCGUUCCUGCCAACGAACAUACCGUACAUGCAGCCCGGCAUCGUUGCACCCGGCGUUGCAAUGGGCAUGCCAGGUGUGGGCGGGCAGGGACUGGGUUUAGGCAUAGGCAUAGUCCAGAGCCCUGGCAUGGGACAAGUUCACCAGACCGGCCUUGCUGUGCAGAGCACCUUUCCGGCUGGUCCCGGAGCACAGCCAGGACCAGCGCCAACGCCUGUAGGUCCCCUGGGCCGACUCGGGGAAGUAAACGGCCAAGAUGACCGCCGAAAGAAGCAGGAGGAGAUGAAGCGCGUGCUGGCUGAACAGGUGGCCGAGAAAGAGCGUCAAAAAAAGGCAGAGGAGGAGAGGAGGAAGCAGGAGGAAGAGCGGGAGAACGAGCGAAUUCGCCGCGAGCAGGCAGCGGAGGAGGCCAGGCUGGAGGCUCGCAGGCAGGAGGAGGCCAGGAAGCGUGCACUCCUUGACGAGGAAAACGAGGCCGCCAUGGCCAAACAUGAAGAGGAGCCUGGUCCCUUGCCACGAACAGGGCGCAGGCUGCGGGAAGCCACGCAGGACCAGGGCUUCGCUCAUGACCGCGGCACACGCUCCGACCUCUUUGGUCUGCCAGCAGCACAGCCGAUGCAGUUCAACGCAUCGCCGAACUCCUCACCCUUGCCUUGGGAGGUCGCGCAGGCUGGCGCACAGGCUAGCGCACAGGCUAGCUCGAUGCCAGUGCCACAGCAAAGCAGCUUCAGGGCAUUGGGUCCCGCUGCUUCCCCUUCUCCUCCAGUCAGUGACAUGCUCCAGGGCUUGAUGCACCAGCAGCAAGAGCUGUACCGGCACCAGCAGGAGGCCUUGGCUCGCUUGCAGGAGGAGGCUGACCGGCUACGCCAAGAGAAGGAGUGUGCUAAGCAAGACCUUCUGGACAUGAAAGCGCGGCAGCUUGAGGAAAAGGAGAAGGACGUGAAAAAGCUGCAGCGUAAGCUGCAAAGGCAGAUGCUCCUGCAGAGCGGAAACGCAUCGGGGCCAGCGCCUCUGCAUAGCAUGCUGCCAUCUGUUGCCUCAACACCAAUGGAGGGUAUGUCAGGUAGAGGCCCACCUGGCGAGCCUUGGGGCGGAUUCUAUUCCAAGUAUGAGACGGCUGAUACGCCUUCUGGUGGAGAAGCCGAUGCCAAGUCCACGAUGCAGUGGGAGCCUGGCUACCCAACAGACGAGGAGCUCAAUCACUUGAGGCAGGAAAGGCAGGAGUCCCAAGCAAGAAGGGUUUCUGCGAUCCCUUCUGAUCCGCAUGCGUGGCCAGUGGCACCGGUACCCUGGCUGCAGCCAGCCGAGGCUGCUGAUCCAGUGACAGCUGAGUUCCCCAACGUUAUUGCCAGUGCCCCUGAGGCCCCAGAACCGGCAAGCGUUGGGGAGGCCUCUCUGUUUGAAGACAGCUGGGGCAAGCCCUUAGAAAACACUGCUCAGCUUGAUGAACGGCUGGGGAACACAGAAGCUCUCGCGGGUAAUCUGGGCAAUGAUGCCUCGCAGUUGCUGGAGGGAACCCUUGUUGGUGAGUCAAAAUUUGUGCAAGCUGAUGCUCACGGGGCAAACCUCGGAUCAACUUGGGUUGGAGCUGAGCCUACCGAGCAGAAGUUCAGAGCAAGCGUAUCGCUCGGCAAGAACCUGACAGUGAACGCGGAAAACGCGGGCAGCCUUGCAGUACAAGCAGCUGUGCCUGAAGAAAGUCCCUUGGAUGCCGGACAUCCUGAUGCUGAAGGUUUGGGCUUGGCCCACUUCUCUCUGCCCAAGGGAGGCAAGAUUGACGAAGGCGAGGAUCCAAGUGAUCCACUGAGCCUGCUGCAAGGUGCAGUCAAUGCGAUUAGAGAGGCGCGGGCAGAGGUUGCCUGUGCUACCACAUCCAGCUUUGCCCGUUCCGAUCAGAUGCCCUUCAGUGCCCGUGAAGCCGAGGAGGCUCCAUCUGAGUCUUGGGAGGGCGUCCUUCGCCAGUUUGGGGCGGAUGAUGCGCUGCAAAGCCCAAACACAAUGAAGCCUACGCCUCCCAAAUCUGGGCGCCCUCCGCGCCGAGCCCGGCAGAAGGAGCCUGAGUCGGAGAUUGAUGAGAUGGUUGGUGUCAGCAAAGCACGAGAGUCUGGCGGAUACCCUGCAGUGGACGAUAUCCUGCAGCCUGAUCUUCUGGGCUCAUCUGGGCAACCAGACAGCCUCGACUUUCUGCAGGGCUUGGGCCCGAGCGGCCUGGGCGGCCUAGGCGCGGCUUCAAGUACUAUGGGGACUACUUCUUUGGAUGGGCUUGGCACGCAGCGCCCAAUCGGCAAGGAUGAUUUUGCAGCCUUUGCUGCCGCAACGCCUGAGGAUUUCGAUGCCUUCCUCUCCAGGCUUCGGGCACAGACAAGUCAUGAGAAGACGCAAACAAAGCCUUUAGAAGCCAAGGACAGCGCGCGGGGUCGACAAGCCGGCACUGGUGUGAGUGCAAAGGACAGGGCAAAAUUUGGGUCGCCGACCUUGCGAGCAGCUGCAGGGUCUUUGCUGAACCAACCCGAUCAUCGCCCGGCCUCCGGACAGUCGCAGGUGAGUGGGGUAAGCGGUGGUCGUCCAGGAAGUGGGGGUAGUGCUGGAAGCUUGAACAGUGCUGGUGGCGUAGCAUCAUUGCGAGACUUGCGGCAUCAGCGCCGCAAGCCCAAAACCGCCGAAGAUGCAGCUGGCGGCCUCUCAGUAGGAGUUGCUAUUCCUGACACAGGUCCUGGAACAAGUUUGCACGCGACGGUCCCGGCUUCGGUACCGCGCGAGCCGAGCGCUUUGCAAUCACUGAGGGAGGAGCACCGAGGCAGCGCAGACUGA